GAAAAAUUCUUCUAUAUAUAAUGUUCCAUCUAGUUGGCAAUACUUGGAAAAAUAAGUAGCAUCCAGCUAGCUAAUUCCUUAGACAUAGACUUCACACCAACCUUUACAAUUGCAUAAAAUCACUAUAACUAACUCACUCAAUCACUCUUUAAACCACUUUAACAACCUCUUCAUAACUCACUCACUCUAAUCGAAUCCUAACCGCAAAUACAAUGGAUUUUGAUAGACUUGGACCGUCCGAUCCAGGUGGUUCUUCCCGCCGCUCCACCGCACCUCUAACAAAAUCCACCACACCCAAUCCCACCCAAAAAAAUAAAAAGAAACUCAUCAUACUUUCAAUCCUCGCCGCCGUUUUAAUCAUCGCCUCCGCAAUCUCCGCCGCACUCAUCACCGUCGUUCGUUCCCGCGCUUCAUCCAAUCAAAAUUCCCCGAACCUCCGCGCCAAACCAACUCAAGCAAUCUCCCGAACCUGUAGCAAAACUAGAUUCCCCACACUUUGCAUCAAUUCACUCCUCGAUUUCCCCGGCUCCACCUCCGCCUCCGAGCAAGAACUAGUUCACAUCUCAUUCAACAUGACUCACCGUCACAUCGGCAAAGCACUCUUCGCUUCUUCAGGCCUCUCGUACACAGCAGCAAAUCCACGGGUCCGUGCUGCAUACGAGGAUUGCCUAGAACUGUUAGACGAAUCCAUGGACUCAGUUAAACUGUCUAUGGAUUCACUUAAUACGUUCUCGACUUUAUCCCGCGAUGACGACACACUGUCUAACAUCGCGGGAUCAAACGAGGAUGUGAUGACGUGGCUCAGUGCCGCGUUAACUAACCAAGACACGUGUCUCGAGGGAUUUGAAGACACUAGCGGGAGCGUGAAGGAUCAGAUGGUUGGUAAUUUAAAGGAUUUGUCGGAACUCGUGAGUAAUUCACUCGCGAUAUUUUCGGCGAGUGGUGAUGGUGAUUUCACUACUGGAGUGCCGAUACAGAACAAGAGACGGUUAUUGGAAAUUGGCGAAAUUUCGCGAGAAUUUCCGAAAUGGAUUAAGAAACGAGAUAGGAGAUUGUUGAGUUUACCGGUAUCGGAGAUACAAGCUGAUAUUGUUGUGUCUAAGAGUGGGAAUGGUACGGUGAGGACAAUCGCUGAAGCGAUUAAGAAAGCGCCGGAUCAUAGUAGCCGUCGAUUCAUAAUCUACGUGAUGGCAGGAAGGUAUGAAGAGAAUAAUUUAAAGGUUGGGAAAAAGAAAACCAAUAUUAUGUUGAUAGGAGACGGGAGGGGUAAGACUGUCAUUACAGGGAGAAAAAGUGUUGCAGAUGGCAUGACCACUUUCCACACCGCUUCCUUUGCUGCUAGUGGUGCCAGGUUCAUGGCACGUGACAUCACGUUUGAGAACUAUGCUGGACCGUCAAAGCAUCAAGCGGUGGCGCUCCGCAUCGGAGCAGAUCACGCGGUGGUGUUCCGAUGCAACAUUUUGGGGUACCAAGAUUCUUGCUAUGUGCACUCUAAUCGUCAAUUUUUCCGUGAAUGCGACAUUUAUGGCACAGUAGAUUUUAUAUUUGGAAAUGCUGCGGUAGUUUUUCAAAAGUGCAAUAUUUACGCACGAAAGCCCAUGGACCAACAAAAGAACACUAUCACGGCCCAAAAUAGAAAAGACCCGAAUCAAAAUACGGGUAUAUCUAUUCAUGAUUGUCGGAUCCUACCUGCCCCAGAUCUUGCCCCAGUUAAGGGCAGCGUUCAAACAUAUUUGGGUCGUCCGUGGAAAAUGUAUUCUAGGGCUGUAUAUAUGUUGUCGUAUAUGGGUGAUCACGUGGACCCACAUGGAUGGUUGGAAUGGAAUGGAGACUUUGCUUUAGAUACAUUAUAUUAUGGUGAGUAUAUGAAUUAUGGGCCCGGUGCCGCUAUUGGACAACGGGUCAAAUGGCCCGGAUAUCGGGUCAUUACUUCAAAUGUGGAGGCCAAUAGAUACACCGUGGCCCAAUUCAUCUCCGGUUCGUCGUGGUUACCGUCCACCGGUGUGGCAUUUUUGGCCGGGCUAUCCACUUGAUCUCCACUACAAAUAUAUAUAUAUAGAAAUACUUGACAUUGUUACUUGUUACAUAGUCCAAGCCAGUCUGUAAAAAAAAAAAUAGUUCAAGCCACCUCAAUUGGGGGGAGUAUAUGGCUUCUAUUUGUUAUAGUUUUAUUUUGUCUUAAUUGUCCCAAAAAUAUGGUUUUUUGGGCGAAAUUUAUUUUGUCAAUGAUGCUAAUAAUAAAUGUUAAGUUGUAAUCAAGCUCUAUAUAAUAAUAGGUACUCUUGUAAUUGCAUUGUUUCCUUGCCCCUCAAA